AAUAGAAAGUAGAAAUGGGAUAAUUCUUUCCUGUUCUGUGCUUCCAAGUGAUUUUGCAUUAUUGACAAUUCUGCAUUGCAUGUGGAGUAACCACCCGUCUAAUUUAGGUACGAACGAUCAUUCCCAAUUUACCGUAGAAGAAAAACAAACCCUUCAAUUGAAGCCUUCAAGAUUAGAUUGCUACUGCUGCUUAAGCAAUGGUUAAAAAGAAGGAUGUCAUUCGUUUAGAGCGCGAAUCCGUCAUUCGAAUUCUGAAGCCAAGGCUUAUUAUGACAUUGGCCAACCUUAUUGAAAAAAGUUCGGACCGAGCCGAGUUUUUGAAGCUUUGCAAACGAGUAGAGUACACCAUACGAGCUUGGUACCUUCUACACUUUGAGGAAAUGAUGCAACUCUACGCCCUUGUUGACCCUGUUCACGGGGCACAGAACUUGGAACAACAGAAAUUGACCGACACAGAAAUUGAUGUAUUUGAACAGAAGUUCUUAUCAUUAAUGUUUCAGGUCAUGCACAAAAGUAACUUUAAGAUAGCAACUGAUGAAGAGAUUGAAGUUGCUGCUGCUGGGCAGUAUCGUCUACAUCUUCCCAUUACUGUUGAUGAAUCUAAGCUUGACAAGAAGCUUUUGAAGAGAUAUUUUGAGGAGCAUCAAUAUGAGAACGCUCCGGAAUAUGCAGAUAAGUACGUUAUCUUUAGACGCGGCAUUGGAAUUGAUCGGAUGACUGACUUCUUUUUGUUGGAGAAAUUGGACAUGCUCAUUGCUCGUGGUUGGCGAUAUCUGUUAAGAAAAACUAGGUUGGGAAGGAUUUUGUCUAGAAGGCCACCGAAACGUCACAAGAAAGAGAAUAAGAACCACAUUCCGGACAUAGAUUCGGAUGAUUUAUAUGUUGAACGCAUACGUCUUGAGAAUAUGGAGCUAAGUUUAAAAAGUUUGCUGAGCAAGACUACGAUUCAAGAACCUACCUUUGACAGGAUAAUUGUUGUCUACAGGAGAGCCAGUACCAGAGGAAAAAAAGAUCGCAGUAUAUUUGUGAAGCAUUUUAAAAACAUUCCAAUGGCUGAUAUGGAAAUUGUUCUUCCGGAAAAGAAAAACCCUGGAUUGACUCCAAUGGAUUGGGUCAAGUUUCUUGGAACUGCUUUAGUUGGUCUGGUUGCUGUCAUUAGCUCUCUUGAAAUGCCUAAAGCUGAUUUGUGGUUCCUUAUUGCUUUUCUCUCGGCACUAGUUGGUUAUCUUGCCAAGACAUACUUCACGUUCCAACAAAAUUUAACUCUUUACCAGAACUUGAUUACUCAGUCAAUGUAUGACAGACAACUUGAUAGUGGAAAGGGUACCCUUCUCCACUUGUGCGAUGAUGUCAUUCAACAAGAAGUCAAAGAGGUGAUAGUCUCGUUCUUUAUUCUGAUGGAGCAAGGGAAAGUUACAAGACAGGAUCUGGAUACAGCGUGUGAGGAUCUUUUAAAAGAUGAGUUUGGAGAGAGCUGUAAUUUUGACGUGGAUGAUGCAGUCAAGAAAUUAGAGAAGCUGGGAAUUGUUACCCGGGAUUCCAUUGGACGAUAUCAAUGUGUUGGGUUGAGACGUGCUAAUGAAAUUAUUGGCACUACCACUGAAGAGUUAGUAAUGAAGGUAAGAGAUGGAACCAAUGAACCUGCCUAAUUAUAGUGUUGUGACAAGAAGGUUCUGUGUAUUUUUGUGGGUUUGUGAUGUAAUAAGAUGUUACGAAAUUGGUUUGCAUGGAAGUCAGUCAAUUGUUGCCUUCAAUUGUUAUGUAAGAAUAUUAUGUCAUCUUUUCCCUCCUUCUAA